AUGAGACCGCGUACCGCGGCAGCGCCGGGGACGGCAGGCGUGGCCGGCCUCAGCCUCGCAGCACAGACGCAGUACACCCUCGCAGCGGCGGCCGCGGCGCUCGCGCUCCGCAAGCUCGGGCGCCUCGCAUGCGACGCCGAUCCCAUCAGCGCCGCUGUGCCCACGCCUGUGGCCGCGGGCGCGAGCGAUGCAUGGCUGUGUGACCGGCUGGCGGCGCUGCGCAGCGGAUGGCUUGAGACCGAUGCGGUCAACCUGGCCGCCCUUCUCCUGGCCGGCCUUGCGGCCGCCGCGCUGCUGCUGCGGCUCGCGCACCGCCUGCUGCUGAAGCCGCGCGUGUACAUCGUCGACUUUGCAGUCCACAAGCCUGACCCCAGCUGGCUCUUCUCCCGCGCCGACGUCCGGCGUCUCGCGACAGACAACGGCCAGAUUGCCCCCGAUGACAUCGACUUCAUGGACAAGCUCGCCUACCGCUCCGGCCUCGCCGACCGCACCGCCAUCGUGCCGGCCAUCCAGCGCAACAUGGACCACCGGCCGGGGAUAGAGUGCGCGCGGCAGGAGUUUGAGGACACCUGCUUCUCGGCGGUUGCGGAGCUGCUCGAGAAGACGGGCGUGCGGCCGUCGCAGAUCAAGUUUGUGGUGACCAACAGCAGCCUUUUCAACCCGACGCCCAGCCUGAGCGCGGCUGUCGUGAACCGCUUCAGGAUGAGCGACGAGACCAUCAACUACUCCCUCGGGGGCAUGGGCUGCAGCGCCGGCGUGCUGGCGGUGGACCUGGCGCGGGAGCUGCUGCAGAACAACCCGGGGUCCUACGCGCUCGUGGUGUCUCACGAGAACAUCACAAACAGCUACUACACCGGCGCCGACAAGUCGAUGCUCAUCGCCAACACGCUCUUCCGCGCCAACGGCGCCGCCGUCCUGCUGUCCAGCCGCCCGUCCGACGCGGGCGCCGCCAAGUACACACUGCGCCACGUUGUGCGCACCAACAUGGCGGCCGACGACGAGGCGUACCGCUGCGUCUGGCAGACCGACGACGCGGCGCACAACCAGGGGGUCUCCCUCAAAAAGGAGCUCAUCGCCGUCGCCGGCCGCGCCGUCGCGCGCAACAUGGCGCGCCUCGGGCCGCUCGUGCUGCCCGCGCGCGAGCAGGCCAAGUAUGCCGCGCGCGCGCUGCUGCGCGCCGCGCUGCGCGCGGCGCCCAAGAAGCUCUCCGCGGCGCUGCCGAUCCCGGACGUGUGGCGGAAGCCCUACACCCCCGACUUCUCGUCCGCGUUCGACGCGGCGUGCAUCCACACCGGGGGCCGCGGGCUGCAGCGUCUGGUACGAGCUGGCGUAUAUUGA